AUGGCCGGUGGAGGCUACAGCAGCCGGGGAAGGCGGUGCUGGCCGGUGGAGGGCUGCGGCACCCUGGGGGGAGUGACCGAUGGCCAGGAAAGGCGGCGCCGGCCGGUGGAGGGCGUGCAGGCCGUGACAGCCGGGGGAGGCCGCGCCAGCCGGGGGUCGGCGGAGUCACCGACGCCCGGGGGAGGCAGCCCGGCCGAUGGUAGUGGAGGGCAUGCAGGCCGCGACGGCCGGGGGAGGCGUCGACGGCCGGUAGAGGCCGCGGCAGCCGGGGGAGCGUGGGAGUCACCGAUGGCUGGGACAAGCGGCGCCGGCCGGUGGAGGGCGUGCUGGCCGCGGAGGCCGGGGGAGGUGGUUAUGGCCGACGCCACGGUGGAGUCCAUGACGCCACGAGGCGUCGCCGCGGCCACGACGACGGUGUGCUUCCACGAGGACGCGGUGCGCUUCGGUGAGAUGCUCCCGUUCUACUUCGCGGAGGUGGUGACGUUGGCGCUAAGAUUCGUGCCUUGCCGCGUCAUAGACUCCAUCCCGUUCACCACGACGGCGCUGUCUGGUUCUAACAUCGGGCGUCCUUGCGCUGUUCGGUGUUACGCCGGACUCCGCCAAUGCGGUCGGCAUGACCGCACGAGGGAGACGGUGCACAUGUUCGAGUGGCCGAUGCUCGCGUGGGAGUCCAAGUUUUGCACUUUACAUAAAGUAUGA